CGGCGAGUGCAGGUUGUUCCGCGGGAGUGGACUCUUCAACAUCAUCAACUGGAAAACGUGGUAUGUCCAUCGCCAUUUGCCAAUGUGCCCCAUCCUACAGAUUGUAGCAGCUUCUACCAAUGCUCUAAUAGCAUUCCUUCUCUUAAGCAGUGUAUAUCGGGUCUCCACUUCAGUCCAACUCUCAAUACAUGUGACUGGCCAGCUAGCGCGGGAUGCUCCGCUGGAGUGGUGGUAUGUCCAUCGCCAUCUGCCUAUGUGCCACAUCCUACAGAUUGUAGUAGCUUCUACCAAUGUUCUGAUAGCAUUCCAUCUCUUGAGCAGUGCAUAUCGGGCCUCCACUUCAGUCCAACUCUCAAUACAUGUGACUGGCCGGAGAGUGCAGGAUGCACCGCAGGAGUGGG